CCAGAAGAGGAUUGACAAAGUCCGGGUCGAACACUUCGUUGACGGAUACCGUGAUGGUGUUGUAGUGUGGCAUGCCAUCCUUAAUGUACCAGCUCUUAUCAGUCCGUAUCACAUCCAUGGAGUGACCGUGAGAGUGGAGUGCUUUAACCAGGACCUCCAUAUUCAACCAGAGGCUGCCCUCGAAGGGUACUACAAGAAUCUUACCACAAAAACAAACUCUCCACGAUGACAACAACACAAGGAGUGCUAGGAAGAAAAUGUGGAGCAUCCUGCUGCUGGCUACAGGAAGCUCUUUGAGACAGUGGAGGAGCUGAAUGAACCAAUUCAGGCCAAAAUCACAGGCCUUCUGCCAACAUGGCUGGGCGGCAGUCUUCUCAGGAUGGGACCAGGUCUUUUCGAGGUCGGGGACCAACCUUUCAACCACCUGUUUGACGGACAGGCUCUCGUGCACAAAUUUGACCUGAAGAACGGUCAUGUAACCUACUACCGCAAGUUCUUAAAAUCAGACGCCUAUGUCCGUGCAAUGACUGAGAACAGAGUGGUCAUCACGGAGUUUGGAACAGCGAUGUACCCUGACCCCUGCAAAAAUAUCUUCUCCAGGUUUUUCUCCUACUUCAGGGGCAUUGAGGUGACUGAUAACUGCGUUGUUAACAUCUAUCCAGUUGGGGAAGACUUCUACGCCGUCACAGAGACGAAUUACAUCACCAAGGUUGAUCCUGACUCGCUGGAGACUUUAAAGAAGGUAGACCUGUGCGAGUACCUGUCAGUCAAUGGGGUAACAGCUCACCCUCACUUUGAUGCAGAUGGUACAAUCUACAACAUUGGCAACUGUUUUGGCAAGAGCAUGAGUCUCGCUUAUAACAUUGUAAGGAUCCCACCUGCACAAAAAGACAAUUCAGACCCCUUAGAGAAAUCCCAGGUCAUUGUCCAACUCCCAAGCAGUGAGAGGUUAAAACCCUCCUACAUCCACAGUUUUGGCUUGACUGACAACUACUUCGUGUUUGUGGAGCAGCCAGUCAAAAUCAACCUGCUAAAGUUUCUGUCCGAUUGGAGUUUCAGAAGAGUCACUUACAUGGACUGCUUUGAAUCCAACGAGAGCAUGGGGACAUGGUUUCACCUGGCCACUAAGGACCCAGCAACAUAUCUCAGCAACUACAAGUUCCGAACAUCAGCUUUCAAUAUCUUCCAUCAUAUUAACGCUUAUGAAGACCAGGGGUUUAUCGUUGUUGACCUCUGUGUGUGGAAAAGCCAUGACUUUGUGUAUAACUACCUGUACCUGGCAAAUCUGAGGGGGGAGUGGGAGGAGGUUAAGAAAGCAGCCAUGAGAGCACCUCAGCCUGAGGUUAGAAGAUAUGUACUGCCAUUGGAUAUAUACAGCGAGGACCAAGGAAAGAAUCUGGUUUCCCUGCCAUACACGACAGCAACUGCUGCUCUUCGUAGUGAUGGAACUGUCUGGUUGGAACCUGAAGUCCUCUUCUCAAAACCAAGAGCAGCCUUUGAGUUUCCACAGAUCAACUACUCUCUGUGUCGUGGCAAGAAGUACUCCUACACAUAUGGUCUUGGACUCAACCAUUUCAUCCCUGAUAAGAUUGUCAAGUUGAACGUGCAGACCAAAGAGACAUGGGUCUGGCAGGAGGAAGAGUGUUAUCCAUCAGAACCACUAUUUGUACCAGCACCAGGAGCUACACAGGAGGACGAUGGUGUGUUGUUGAGCAUUGUAGUGAAGCCAGGAGCAGAGAGGCCGGGCUUCUUGCUGGUUUUGGAUGCUGCCAAACUGACAGAGAUUGCCAGGGCAGAGGUUGACAGCAUCUUUCCUGUGACUUUUCACGGCUACUACAAGCCAUAAUCCUCAUGUCUGUUGCAAAUAUCCAUCACACAGUAGUUAAGUUCCUGCAAGCGCUGAAAUUUUUUCUUCAAUUGUAAAAAGUCAUAACUACCUGUGCAGUUCAUCUGUCGAUCUGUGUAAGUAUACAACACUUUAAGAUUGCAAAUCAGCAUGCAAAUGCUACAAGUAGAGCUACUUAAAAUCCAGCAGUGUCAUGUAACGAAGUAAAAAUACUUGAGUACAUGAUAGCGUAUCUGUACAUUGAGUACAAAUAUGAAGUGGUAUGUUUUACUUGUACUUUACAACAUUUUUUGCACGUAUUUGUCAUUUUUACCCAACUACUUUUCAAAUUGUCACCUGCGUUCCAUGUUACUUUAGUUUUUUUUUUCCUCAUUGUGAAUUGAUAGUUUCAUAUACAUGCCUCUUGCACAAUCAAUAAGUCCCGUGCAACUAUCCCGUAAUUCAGCACGAAAGGCAGCAACACGAGGACAAGCAAGAUUAGCCAGGUUAACAAGAUAGUGACCAAUAAAACCAAUAGAGCAGCGCGCCUUCAGAUGGAUGCUGCACACUCUUUUACAGUAGGUGGUGGUAUGCACCUGUUAAUUGCUUGCCAUCCACCAUUAAGCUAAAUUUUUUAGGUUGUUCAGUUUAUGUUUAAAAUGCAGUCAAUUUAAUUGUUUGUUUUCACUUUUCUGCACAGUUUUAAAU